AUGCAACUAUUAACUGCUACAUUGAUAUUAUUUAUAUUUUCAACACUUGGCCAAGGCCAGUGGUUGACAAACGACAGGGUCGAAAUUUGGGCUUUAAAAUUAAGUACAGAAUUAUACACCCUUUCUGAGUCCCUAACAACGGUUGAAAAUAUCGUCCAGGCUUAUGAGGCAAGGAACGUCAGCGCUGUUUCUUUGAAUGCCAGUGAUAUUGCAUCUCAAUUUCGACAACGUUUAGGUGGCUUAUUAAGCAAUAAAGUGGAUGCGUUAGACGAAUUAAUUAAUGUAGCCGAAAAAGCAUAUAGUGAUUACAAAUACAAUGAUUCAUUGAAACCGGGAGAUGUACAGUGGUAUAAUGCCAAGAAAAUUCAGCUUAAUAGCACUGAUCCUGUAUUUAUAUGCAAUGAUCGUUUCCAACGUAGCGUUAAUGCCAACAUUAGUGCAAUCCAAGUUCCAACCAAUGUCUACGACGGCGGCGUGAACGUAUUAAAUGCAAUCGAAUGGUCAAACGCUGUUGAUGCACAGUUUAAUAAAAAUUAUUACUCGGAUAAAACAAUCAAGUGGCAAUACUUUGGUAGUGCUACUGGUUUCUUUCGAUUGCACCCAGGAGCCAUUUGGAGAGAUUAUAACUCCAACGGACAAGACUUAUACGAUUGCCGGAAAAGGCCAUGGUACAUUAGCAGCUCAAGCACGGCAAAAGACGUAGUCAUUUUACUAGAUGUGAGUGGCAGUAUGCACGGAAUGCCGUUGGAUAUUGCUAAAAUAAGCAUACAGAGCUUAAUUCGAACGUUUGGAGAAAAUGAUUUCUUAAACAUUGUCUUCUUUAACAAAGACAUUAAUUUGUCCAUUCCGUGCUUUAAAGAUGUUGUGCAAACUUCUGAAUCUCACAAAUACGUUUUCGGUAGAGCAUUGGCAGCAAAUAUUCUAGACGGUGGCAUAGCUGAUUUUAGUAAAGCAUAUGACUAUGCUUUUCAAAUGUUACAAAGGUCGAGGUCAAAACAGGAACAAAAACGAUGCCACCAACUCAUCAUGGUGUUUUCUGACGGAACAGAAGAGAGGCCAAAAGCUGUAUUUGAUAAAUAUAAUGCUGAUAAACAGAUCAGUGUCAUUACUUAUGGAAUAGGCACAGUUACGUCACGUUUUGAAGCUUUACGCUGGAUGGCCUGCUAUAACAAAGGCAAGUUCAUUCGAAUCUCAAACGUUGGAGCUAUUCCGGAUAACAUUCAGAAAUAUUUAACAAUUUUAAGUAAUCCAACAGCUUUAACGAAGGAAAAUUAUUUCACAUGGAGUCCUGUCUAUACCGACGUUUCUGGACUUGGGUUACUAACAACCGUAGCAGCUCCUGUUUUCUUUCGACCGAAUGUCUCAACGUAUAACCAAUCCGAGAAUUACUUACUCGGAGUGAUGGGAUCCGAUGUGCCCUUACGUGAUGUUAAUGCUACUAUACCAUAUAAUUUGCUGGGUUCUAAUAGUUACUGCUUUGGAGUUGAUAAUAACGGGCGCAUAUUCUUUCAUCCCAUUAUUGGUGAACAGAGAGGCUACUUAAGCGAUCCUCCUGAUUUGCAAAUGCAUGAUUUAGAAAUUGUUCAUGGAAACAUUUUGGUCCAGAAUGUUACUGCAGGCGGUAAAGUAGUGGAGUUUAAAAUUCGAUAUAACGAACAGCUACGUAAGAAUAUGCUUUCAAGAUUAACUGGUAUGAUGUAUGUGACGACUACUGUCCACUUAUCUAACAGUAAACGUGUUAUGUACAUGGAAAGGCAAUAUCAUUAUGGUCCGGUCUUGAAUGAUUCAUUUAGUUUCGGUACUGUUCUACCUAAAGAAGGCUGCUUUAACUUUGAAACUGCUCUCACUAAUCAAGAGAAAACAGAAGGUUUAGCUUUGUUAAAUAGCAGGACGCGGUCUCCACUCUUUCUACAAAUCUGGCGCUAUUGUAGUUUAUACAGCCAAGAUGAAAGUGAUAUUUUGUUUGUGCAACGACCUACCCUAGAAAUUAGUAAUAUUAGCGGCAUCAUUAAUAGAAUAAGCGAGCUGGUCUUUUCUCCUAAUAAUGCCGGAUUUGAUGAAUGUUCGAAAGAUCUUGCAAAUCGGCUCGUUUUGGAUGCAAUUAUACUACAGCAACUAGAAGAUUAUUGGACUAAAAUAGCUAGAGAACAUGCUAAAAGAAACUACAUUUUUCGAACAUUUUAUGGCUCAAGCAGUGGACUAACUAAACUUUACCAAGGAGGAUCAUUUCAGUGCAAGGAGAGCCUAUCUGGUGAUUGUGCCAUUAGUGAAGUCCCAAGUAUCCCUAAGAAUACCAUUAUGGCUGAUUAUUAUCGUUUGGCAGUAGCUCAAAUUAAUGCUAAUUCAUUCGUCUAUUUGGCCAAUUUAGAUCGAAGUAGUCUGUCUGUUGCAUCUAUUGAAGUAGUCAAAGCCAUUUCUUUGGAAGAGGAUGCAAAUGUUGGAGUCGUUGGGUUUCAAAUGAAUUCGGUCUUGCUAUUCCAAAUAUUAAUAGAGGUUAUUCCGGAAUGUAUUACCAAUAACAGUCUACGCUGUUAUAUCCUGGAUCGUAAUGGCUACGUUGUUAUGUUUGCUCGGAAACGUAUGGCAUUUCAUUCACAUAAAGUUCAAAUACCCGUGCGCGAAGGGAAAUUUGUAGGAGUUUAUGAACCAGCAGUUGUUACAAGUUUGAUUGAUAAGAAAAUAAUGACAAGAGAGGAAUUUGUGACAUAUAACCAGCUAUGUAAUGGGCAAAAACCAGUCAAUACUUAUACGAUAGCAAGCAGCGCCAGUCAAAUACUAACGCCAUUUCGAUUGUCGUUCAAAAUUCUAAUGGGAUGGCUAGCACAGCUAUCAACGACCAUAAUUCAUUUGGCUGGUGUUUUUCAGUACUGGAUCUCAAGUACUUCAGGUGUUUGUGAUGCUCCACAAUCGAAGAAUACAUCCAUCUACACUUGUGCUUUACUUAAUAAUCUAUAUAUUAUCAAUCAAAAUACUACGACACACAAUGGCACUGGCAUAUGCUCAUCAUGUUCUAGGAAUCGCUAG